CUAUACCAACUGCACAACGUCGAGUGCCAGUUUAUACAGAAGAAAGGAAAUUUACGCGAAACAGCCUAUGUGCAUUAUGUGCAGGAGUCACUUGCAACGUUUUCCCACGAUCGACCGCAAUCUUUUACACUAGUAGCAUGCGCAGUCGCUAUUGUGCACUUACUUGUUAAAGAUCAAUUUAAAACUGGUAGUAUGUAGAGGAAAAUGUUAUAUUCGGAAAUAUUGAAUUAUGGUUAAAAUUUAUGUCAUAUUUUCAGUGUAAAUAAAUUGUUUGAGUUUUGUAUGGUAAAAGACUAGACUAAGUGCUGAUUUCAUGUGCAGAAAUCGAAAAAAUGAGGGAUAUACUCACCAUAGCAAUCACUUUGCUAUAUAUAGGUGGUUUGAUUAACGGACAAUUGAGCAAUGAAUCGAAUGUGGAAUACAUAUAUAAUGAAUCUACAAUAACGACUUUCGGCACAGAACAAACACAUAGAUGGAUAAUAGAAUACCCAACUGGACGUUUUGUGAGGAUCGUCUUCACAAAUGUAUCACUGGAAAAAAAUCAGGAUUGCUCCGACAAAAUACUCAUUAGCAGAACCACUAACAAUACAAGAGCGCAAACGAUUGAUCAUCGUUACAACCAGAGAAUAUUUGUUGUCGAAACGAGUGAGACAUACUUGACCAUGACCUUCUCGCCGUGUCAAAUGCAAAGAAACACGAGUAGGGGAUUUCGAGCAAUAAUUACAAAACAAGACGUUCCUGCGUGUGUUGCGAAAAGUUCUGUUGAGACUUGGAUUGAUGGAAUUCGUACAUGUAACAGACCGACGAUGAUGCUCACUUCAAUGUCGAUAUUAAACUUCCCAUUUCUGCACAGAAAAGAAGAGUGGGAGAUAAGGGUUGGUCACCACCAUACCAUUCAGUUACAUUUUAUUGAAUUCUACAUCGAAUGUCGCCCGGGGAAUCAACGCACCAAGUUUGUGAUCAUAGAAAACAUAUUGGAUGAGGAAAAUAUGUUUUGCAACUCAGACAUUCCAAAUUAUGCCAUAAAAUCGAAGACAGAACACAUUGGUGUAAUAUUCCAUAAAAACGGAUAUGAUUCGGAAAUCAGAACGGAAGGAUUUCGGCUCCAAUACUCAGCUGUAAACCAUUCAUUAGCUGAUAUCACAGAUAUGGUGUUUGACGAAGGUUACUUUACGAAGGUGUGUUCAAAAACCUUUAUGAGAUGUUACAGUGUAUUUUCUCUGUGGAAUGCACGCAGUUGGGAUUUGGCAAACAACUACUGCAAGCGGCGGGGUCUUAGGCUUGUUUCUGUACAGUCAAAAUACGAAAUGCAGUACAUCAACUAUGUACUACGGGAUCGCAUGUACAUAGAAAAAAAGUUUGAUAAGAAUCCUACGGCAUAUAUUGGCCUGAGAUAUUACAACGAUAAAAAGGGAGAAAAGAAAUACAUCUGGGAGAAUACUUCGCCGGUUACAUUCUCUGCUUGGAGACAAGGACAUCCCAAAACAGGCAAACAUUGCACUCAAACAAACUUUCUGUACAAUGAAGAGGAUACCUGGGAAUCUGAAGAUUGUACCUAUGAAGAGGCUACAUUGUUUGUGUGUAUGUCUCCAAUUGAAGGCAUCAAUGAUUUAAUGUUGGAGAACGUUCCAAACUGUGACGACAAUCGUCUGCCGCCGAUCAACGUAACGUAUUCUGGAAACGUCUGUCAAAGAUGGAACAUGCUAACAGAAGCGGCUAAGCAGGAUUUCGAGGCAAGGUUUAAUGAUCAAGACACUCCAAAUAGCAGUUCAAACUACUGCCUUGAUCCAUCUCUUUCGGGGAUAUUUGGAUGUUAUAUCGAAGGCCUUAACAAUACAUGGGAACCUUGUCUGUUUCAACUCAAUGAACCACCUAUAGAAGAAAGACAUUCUGGAAACAAUCGAAGCAUUAAGAGCCUUCCAUUUGUAUGCCGCAACGGGUCAAAAAUAUCUUUGCUUAAACAAUGUGACUGGUCGUUUUACUGUAAUGGUACCUCGGAUGAAAUUUCAUGCUUUUACCAGGCAAAAGGUCAUCGUCUUAUAAGCACAAACCAAUCAAACGUAAUAGACCGUCUACCUUCACGGCUAGUGAAAGGGUCAUACUAUCGUUGCGAAAGCAUGGAAUGGAUAUCCAUUUUGUCUAAAUGUGAUGGUGUUAUAGACUGCAUUGACGCAUCUGAUGAGCUUCAUUGUGAAAGAAUAAAUAAAGCAACCGCUGGUUGA